CCUUUGCCUCUCGUUCGCUCAUUCCAAAAUGAAGGUAGCCGUCAUUGGAGGUGGUAUCAGUGGACUAGGUGCUGUCUGGCUUUUGAAUGAACAUUCCGAGCACCAAGUCGAGCUGUUCGAAGCAAAUGAUUAUGUUGGUGGCCAUACCCAUACCGUCGAACUCCCCACCAAUGCUAUGGUGGACACUGGUUUCAUCGUUUUUAACCGGCUCACCUAUCCUAACUUCACGCGACUUCUCAAUAUACUUGGCGUUCGUAGUGGCCCCUCCGAAAUGUCUUUCUCAGUUCGCGUCGGUUCAAAGUAUGAGUGGGCUGGGACAGGUGUAGUGGCAGCAUUUGCUGGAGCAUCUGAUUGGCGCGCUCAAGGUCGCAUGUUGUGGGAUAUAAUCCGCUUCAAUGUCAACGCCCCAGAUGCCCUGCUUGAUCCACGUCCAUCGUUAAGUGUUGGAGAAUACUUGAACGAAAAUGGCUACUCAGAUGUUUUCAGGCGUCAUUACCUUUUGGUGCGCUCCUUCGUUCCCUACACCUGCUGGGUUCAGCUUGAGACUUCAUAGGGUUAAAUGUGAACCUCAAUUCGAACAGCCAAUGACUUCUGCCAUCUGGUCAACCCCGGCAGACAAAACCGCUCUGUUAUUCCCGAU